AUGUUCAUGUCUUACUAUUAUAAUGUAAUUUCUGUACUCGGCCUAUUCGCUACAGUAUUCGGAUUGACUGAGGCGAGCCCUGUUGCUCUGCCGGAUACUCAUAUUGAGAAACGAGGCGAUUAUCCCCUAUGGGAUGUCUCACCCAAAUGGCAAGAUAUCAAGAAAGAAAAAUUCGAUGACGAAUGGUUCCUGGUGGCAGCAGCAACCUUAGUCAAUUGGGAUUCUCAAAAGAUAAAAGAUCGAUUUCCAGCUAUGCAAACUUCCAAGAAAAGGGCAGAUAAUGUCGAUGCGGUGACAGUUGAGUUAUGGAAUAAAGAAGGGGCCAAAUGGGAGAAAAGGGAUGUAAAAUAUUCAUCUAUCACGGCUGAUUAUAGUGGUUCAAAUCAGUAUUGGUGGAUCGCUGCUUUGGAAGAUGCUGCGAUGCGGAUUGGCGGACUUGGAGGUAAAGGUAUAGAUAAAGAUGGUUUCACAGAUGGUGAUUCCCAUUUCGCCUAUCAGAUGUUGACGGGAGAAGAAGCAGAUCUCUAUGAGACGGAUAGAGAUACGAAAACAUACAAGAACGAGAUUUGGAAAGUGCUUGAAAAGGCAACUCAAAGUAGUGUAUGUAUAAAGACGGGUCCUAAUCCCGAUAAAAGUGAUGGUCUGAGGAAGAAUACAUGGUACGGUAUAUUGAGAGCUGAAGGUCUUUCAUUCGACGAUCAAGGUAAUGAAAUUGGGGAAGGACAAGUUUAUCUGUUCGACGCCAAAGAAGGUAAAGAAUUCUAUUUAGGUUUUGAAGAUAUACAAGAUGAUAUCGCAUGGUAUUCCAAGCCUAAAUACCUCAUGCCCGAUCCUGAUGUUGAUCCUAGUAUCUCUGCUCCAUGA